AUGUUCAAGAGGGUGAUCUUUCCAAGAUUCGGGACGCCAAGGGUCGUGAUCAGUGAUGGAGGAUCUCACUUCAUCAACCGCACCAUCGAAGCUCUUUUGAAGAAGUAUGCUUGCCACCUUCCAUUUGAGCUUGAGUACAAAGCUCUUUGGGCGAUCAAGAAGAUGAAUUUUGAUUGGAAAUCGGCCGCGGAGAAGCGGAUGUUAGAGCUUCAUGAGCUUGAUGAGAUUCGGAUGGAUGCGUAUGAGAACGCCCGAAUCUACAAGGAGAGGAUGAAGAAGUGGCAUGAUCGCCGUGUAUUGCAGAGAGCAUUCAGAGAUGGUGACCAAGUGCUCCUCUUCAACUCUAGAUUUAAGCUCUUUCCGGGAAAGCUAAAAUCGCGUUUGUCGGGACCGUUCACAAUCAAGAAGGUUUAUUUCCAUGGAGCGGUAGAGUUAUACGGUCACGCUAGAACCACAUUUAAGGUGAAUGCUCAAAGGUUAAAGGUCUAUAACCCUGGAGAACGAGACAUAGAGAGAGGCACAUUACGCUUCUCCGAUCCAGUUGAGCAAUAG